AUGGAUUAAAACGAUAGAUAUGACAAUGAGAAGAUUCUAAAGUUGCUGACAGAAGCCAAUCAAUUCUUUGAGUAGAAUAGAGAUUACCCUCCCCAACAAAUUGGUGAAUUUUUGGUUGAAUUUUGCAAACUGUUCAAACAAUUGGGCAAAUUGCUAUAUUUUGCAUUUUCAGAUGUCAUUGAAAAGGCUUAGGUCAUCAAAGAUAGAGGGAAUGAAUACAAUGAAUAAACUAAGGGAAUCUUUGGAGUCAUCUAAAUAGAGAAGUAGAAAGGAUUGAUGGAAUUAAAUGGAGAGAACAAUAAAGAGAUCUUAAAAAAUAAAACAUUGCCUAAUUAUUAAUCAAUGGCUAGAACACUGUUGAGAAUCAUCAGAUUCUUUAACUAUUUGAAGAUCAUGUUCCUCGACGUAGAUAAUAACAGAAAUAAAAAAUUCUCAGACAUCUGUUCUGAUGCAUACAAUGAAGCUUUAGCACCUUACCAUACAUUCAUGGUAAGAAAUGCUGCCAAAGCUGCCUGGUUAGCUGCUCCAAGUAGAACCAAAGUCUUUGAAACAUUUGUUGGACCAAAUCAGACUGAUGAAGUAGCUUAUGCAGCAAUCAAAAGUUUUGUUAAUGCUCUUGAACCAAUCAGACUCAAUUUCUGGGAUUAUUAUAAUACAAACAAAUUAACGAAUCUGCCAUGA